GUCUGGAAAGAGACUAAGUUUCAACACGUUUUCUGGGUGUUUAAAUUAAUUGUGUUUUUGCUGUAAUAAAUCGCAAUGGAAGACGCGUUCGGGGACGAUCUUUUCAGUGUUUUUGAUGAUGGAACAUCUUCCAAAGAGACAAUAAAUUCAAAGAAGAAAUCGUCAAAAGGACCUGAGACAUCAGAUGGCUCUUCCAAUAAGAGAGCAGCCGAGAGUUCGGCAUCCUCUGACCCAGCGGACGCAAAGAGGCCCAAAGUCUCGCUCAUUACAGAAGAACUAAAUUUGUCUGAGAUCCUGCCGCAGGUGAAGACCCACGAUGUAGAAUGCCUUGAAGGAUGUACCCAUGAAGUGGCUAUACCACUUGAAGAAGAAUUCAAACCACUGGAACCCACCACUAAAAAGGCUGCUAAGGAGUACCCAUUCAUUCUAGAUCCGUUUCAGAAGGAGGCUAUCAAAUGUCUUGAAAACAACCAAUCUGUGUUGGUUUCAGCUCACACUUCGGCAGGAAAGACAGUUUGUGCAGAAUAUGCUAUAGCCAUGUCACUGAGAGACAAACAGAGAGUGAUAUAUACCACUCCAAUCAAAGCUCUCAGCAAUCAGAAGUACAGAGAGCUGUUUGAAGAGUUUCAAGAUGUUGGUCUUAUGACAGGGGAUGUGACUAUCAACCCAUCUGCCAGUUGCCUCAUUAUGACAACAGAAAUUUUACGUAGCAUGUUAUAUCGAGGAUCAGAGAUCAUGAGGGAAGUCGGUUGGGUCAUCUUUGACGAGAUUCAUUAUAUGAGAGACAAGAAUCGAGGUGUAGUUUGGGAAGAGACCAUUAUCCUGCUUCCCGACAAUGUCCACUAUGUGUUCCUAUCUGCUACCAUUCCUAAUGCUAAACAGUUUGCAGAAUGGAUCUGUCAUCUUCACAAACAGCCAUGCCAUGUAGUGUACACAGAGUAUCGUCCUGUACCAUUGCAGCAUUACAUCUUCCCGGCCGGAGGGGAUGGACUUCAUCUGGUGGUCGAUGAAAAGGGUGAGUUUCGUCAGGAUAACUUCAAUGCUGCCAUGCAGGUUCUGCGAGACGGAGGAGAUGCAGCCAAGGGUGACCAGAGAGGGCGUCGAGGAGGCACUAAAGGACCUUCAAACAUCUUCAAGAUUGUGAAGAUGGUGAUGGAGAGAAGCUUUCAGCCGGUCAUCGUCUUCAGCUUCAGCAAGAAGGAAUGCGAGGCUUACGGCCUUCAGGUCUCCAAGCUGGACUUCAACACGCAGGAGGAGAAGACUCUGGUGGUGGAGGUCUUUAACAACGCAAUGGACUGUCUUUCAGAAGAGGACAAGAAACUUCCUCAGGUUGAGAACGUCUUACCCCUCCUGAAGAGAGGAGUCGGGAUACACCACUCCGGUUUGUUACCCAUCCUCAAGGAGACCAUUGAGAUACUGUUCUCUGAAGGCCUCAUCAAGGCGCUCUUUGCUACCGAGACUUUCGCCAUGGGUCUCAACAUGCCUGCCAGGACGGUCAUCUUCACCAAUGCACGCAAGUUUGAUGGCAAGGAUUUCAGAUGGAUUACAUCCGGUGAGUACAUUCAGAUGAGUGGGCGUGCAGGAAGGCGUGGUUUGGAUGACAGGGGUAUCGUCAUCCUCAUGAUUGAUGAGAAGAUGAGUCCCGGUGUCGGCAAGGACAUUCUACAGGGUCAGCCGAACCCACUGAACAGUGCCUUCCAUCUGACGUACAACAUGGUGAUGAAUCUGCUGAGGGUCGAAGGCAUCAACCCUGAAUACAUGCUGGAGAGAUCAUUCUUUCAGUUCCAGAGCUAUACAGCCAUUCCAGAACUCUUUGAGAAGCUUCGGAAGCUGGAGGAGGAGUAUAAUGCCAUGGCGAUACCCCAGGAGGACAGCGUAGAGUCUUAUUACAAGAUCAGACAACAGCUGAAGAAGCUUGCCAAAGACAUCCAGGGUUUCAUCACAAAACCAAAAUACUGUCUCCCCUUUAUGCAACCAGGCAGGAUGGUGAAGGUGAAGAAUGGGGAUGAUGCCUUUGGCUGGGGUGUGGUGGUGAACUUCAGGAGGAAAGCAAACCAGAAGAUGAACAAUCCCAGCGACGAUUCACCCCUCUACAUCUCAGAGGUCCUCCUCAACUGCUCUCAAGAGAGCAUCAAGAAUGCUGCCUCAGAAUCUGCCAAGCCUCCCAAGGAAGGGGAGAAAGGAGAGAUGACGGUUGUACCCAUAAUGCUUCACCUGAUCAGUGAGAUUAGCAGUGUCCGAGUCUACCUACCCAAAGACUUGAGGCCACCAGACAAUAGACAGAGUGUAGGCAAAUCAAUACAGGAGGUCCAGAGAAGAUUUCCCGAUGGCCUCCCUCUUUUGGAUCCCGUGGAGGACAUGGGUAUUAAAGAUGAUGCACUCAAGAAAGUGGUAGAGAAAGUGGAAGCUUUUGAAGAGAGGAUGUACUCACAUACACUGCAUUCUGACCCACAGUUGGAGAAGCUUUACGGUCUCUAUGAGAAGAAAGCACAGAUUGCAGAUCAGAUAAGAGAAGCUAAGCGAGAGCUGAAGAAAGCCAGGACUGUGAUUCAGAUGGACGAACUGAAAUGUAGGAAGAGAGUAAUCAGAAGAAUGGGUUUUGCAACCCCGGCUGACGUCAUCGAGACAAAGGGACGUGUCGCUUGUGAGAUUAGCAGUGCCGAUGAACUGGUGUUAACAGAGAUGAUUUUCAAUGGUCUGUUUAACCCACUGAGUGCCGAGGAGUGUGUUACACUCAUGAGCUGCUUUGUAUUUGAAGAGAAGAGCAAGGAGACCCCCAAACUCACCAAUCAGGUUGCUACAGCUCUCAGACAACUCCAGGACACUGCUCGUAGGAUAGCCAAGGUCAGCAUGGAAGCAAAGCUGGACAUUGAUGAGGAGGACUAUGUCAUGUCCUUUAAGUCCACCCUGAUGGAGGUUGUCUAUGCCUGGGCGUCGGGGGCGUCCUUCUCUCAGAUCUGCAAGAUGACAGAUACCUUUGAGGGCAGUAUAAUCCGAUGUAUGAGACGUCUGGAGGAGCUCAUGAAGGAGAUGUGUCACGCUGCGAAGGCUAUCGGAAACACAGAACUGGAAAACAAGUUUUCUGAAGGAAUCGUCAAGAUCAAGCGUGACAUUGUCUUUGCUGCGAGUCUCUACUUAUAGAGCUGCUGAUGGUGCAAUCAAGACACAGUACAUGCAGUACCUGGUGUGCAGUCCCAUGCAUAGGAUUACUUGUAGGGUGCAUCAUGAACAGGACUUCAGAAGACUUACAUAAACCACCCAACCUUAUGACAUAUUGCAAGCAAGCUUCCAUGUAUGGUCAAUGUGAGGUUGGCUGCAAGGACAUUCUUCCAUGAACAAUGCUAUUUGAAUCCAGUUUGGUGAUAUGGACACAUUAAUCAGCAGUAAAAAGAGACUGUUUUGCUAUUUCGAUAUUUAUAAAAUGUUUUUACUUGGAUAUUAGAGUAUACUUUUUAAGUUUCCUUCUCUUCUCAUUCUAGGAUCAUGAUUUUACAUUGGACUUCACAUUUUCUAUCAUGAUUCUUGUGUUGAACGAAUGGUUUCUAAAGUUACAAAUGAUCAAGAAAAAUAGACAUGGAGUUAUAUAUUUUUCAAUACAUGAGAAUUGUUCCUUUCUAUUAAAAGGUAGUGUUGCCUGCUUGGCAUUGAUCAAGAUCAAAACCCAUCAGUGUUAGGUCCACAUCCAGGUCUGGGAAAGUUCUUUGGAGCAUUUUGUGAAACAAAUAGUGUGUGGUUUUUAACUGACUAUUGUUAUAAGCUACUGAAAUCAUUGCCUCUCUUUGGUUGAGAGUAGAUUUGUCAGUGAAAAUCAUUGACAAGAUGUUAAGUGAAACACUCUCCUGGUGUCAAUUCAGUUAAAUAAUAUC